AUGAAUAUGACAGUUAAGCUCAUCAGAAAAUCAAAAAGAUUCAACAUAUGCUCUCUAAUGGAUGAGAGUGAAAGUAAUAGAGAAUAAGGAAGAAUUUAAUAGUAGCCCUAUUAAUCCAUUUAACUGAAUUCAAAUUUUGAAAACCAAGUUUAUGAUACCUAGUCAUCCAGCUUGAGUCGUUUAGACAAUAAUUCGAUUGGUGAUAUAACUGAAAAUUUGGACAGCGUUUAUUCGCAUAAAUUGAAGAAUAAUAAUUAUAAAUCGAUAACCAAAGCCUCUGAUGAUUCAAAAAACAGAUUAAUACGCUAUACUGUGAAGAGAGAGAAGGAUAUGAGAAGGAAGAAGCAAAAGAAUAGAGGAAAGCAAUUUACAUUAGAAGAAGAUUAAAGAUUGUUGAACUAUAUUUUAAGGAAGGGACCUAAGUUCCACAAGUUCGCAAGAUACUUCCCAGGGAAAUCAACCAACAUGCUAAAAAAUAGAUAUUAUAAAUCAUUAAGAUUUAGAUGGGAUCAAGUUCUUGGAAUAUAAUAUUAAUACCUGAACCCAUCAUCCGAAGAAUUGAUUCCAAUCAUGACCCAAGAAUCCUCUCCCUUCAUGUUUGAUGAACUAAUCCAACUUAAACUUUUUCCAGAAGCAGAAGACUUGUUGUCAAAUUUUAUUGGCAAUCUAUCCUAAACAUUUAGUGAUAUUCAUGCAAGCUUCCCUUCAGAUUAUAAUUGA